GUCGCUGUCGUUGCAGAAGGGAUUGCACUAUCAGAUCAGGCGCCGCAUGCCGCGCUCGCCGACAGACUACCGCCCCUGGCGCGACUUCAUUACUAGCCAGGUCGCAGACGGUGUCACGCAACCAGACAUCAUUCGCCAACUGGCUACGCUUCAUGGAGUUGCGAUCACGCCUCGCACCCUUCGACGGAAAAUUGCUGAGUGGGGCCUUCAAAAACAACGCCUACCACGCUAUGAUCGAAACAACGAUAUAGAGGCCUUGCACGGUCGCGUUGCCUACACAUAUCACGUCCUCUGUCUCGCAGACCAAAAAGCCGUGGAUCUUCUGAGGGCCGAUGGCUUCAACAUCGGGCUACGGCGAUACCGUCGUCUACGCAAAGAGCUUGGACUGACAAAAUAGACUGGUGCAUACAUCAGUGGUAUAUAGUACCUGACGUCCCAUGUUGAGAACAUCCAAGAAGCUUAAGAUUGCCGGACGUCGUACGCGCAUUGCCAAGUCCCGAAGGAUCUCAGCGGCUUGGCGAAGUCUGGCAGACUGUUUCUGGCAUCUAUUCCUUCUGCUCGCGGUACAAGUCUGCCUGUGCUUGAGUGCGAUUCGAUCUGCGGCUGUUCAGAGCAGUCACUACCUCCCAGAAACCCCGGCAAUAACACCACAAAGCCUGUGUAGCAGAUCAUGGGCACGUGCCGCUUAGUAGAAGCUCAACGUACUCGUUCAGCGCUCGGACCGUGCCUCUGGCUCCUUCCUUGCCUGGAAGAAAGGUCUUACAAGUCUACCUCCGUCGCUUUAGGCACUUGCAUUUAAAUCGAAUGAAAAUCAGCAGUCACAUUAACUUCCUAGCCAAAGACUCGGAAUUAUAAAGCUGGUUGCUGAAAUUUCCAUAUCCG